AUGAACCAGGAUGAUUUUCGAAAGCUACUAGCCACUCCUAGAAGUGAAAACUCAGAAUUAGAUCGGCUACCAAAAAGAUCCCAGGGCCCAUCAUUUGGCAGACGGCACCCUAGAUUGUCUGCAUCGUUACCACCUAGAUCAAUUGCUAAAAGGCACCCAAAUUUAAACCAUAAUACCAGAAAACCUUCCUCUUCUUUAUCUAUAACAAAAGAAGCUUCAGAAGCUGAUGAACCUGAAAUACUGUCUGAAAACGAUGUUCUUGUGCAAGAACUACGAGGUAAGCUUCACCGGGGAGAAAUGACAGGAGAAGAAUUCUCAAGAAAAACUCAAGAAUUAGGCGGAGAUCUGGCAACUACACAUCUUGUUCGAGGUUUAGACCGUAGGCUUUUACAGAAGGCAAGAUCUCAACAAAUUGAGCCUGAUAUUCCUGAGUUUACUAAGAAAGAAUCAAAGGAAUCAUUUCCAUCCGAAAAUGACGAACAAAAUGAUAAGCUUCUUGAAGAAUUAACGGAAAAACCAAGCAACGCAGACCAAAAUCCUUCCGAAGACGCCAUAGUGAAUUCGAAAAACACAGAUGUACCAGUAUAUCCUAAUGGGCGACCCAUGUAUCGAAGGACUGUUGAAGAAGGGAAGAAAGUAAAUGUUCCAUUGAAGACAACGACUGUCCCUUCAGAUGUAAAAGUACCACCAGCUGAACGGAAAAACCAGAAAGAACCAGUUUCUUUGCCAAAAGUUGACGUUGAGACUGAUAUUUUUGAAGAAGCUGGAGAUGACUACGACCCAUUCCACGAAGAUGACGAUAAUGACAAUUUUGAACCAAAACGUAUAAAACUAGAAGUGGAAAACAAAAAUUUGCAAAGUAAUGACUCUAUUAAUUUUCAGGGAAAGCUAUUUGAAGAUGCAAAAGGUACUGCACAGGAUAGUCCUAAAGAUUUUCGACAACAAAUCCAACAUCUGGCGAACCUACAAAGUCGAAAAGAGAAUGAAGAUAUGAAAAAGCUUGAAAACAAGAAGAAAGUGGAUGCAGGGUUUGGUCUGACACUAUCAAAAGACGAUACUUGGGACAUUACUGAUGGGGAUGAAUCUGAAGAUGAUGAGGAUGGAGGAAAACCCCGAAAAAGUAAAAAGUAG